ACUCUGAGCAUCUUCCUACAGCACUGCUCCCUACAUGCAUGCAUGCAUCACGCUUCACUGCUAUCACCGGGCUGCAUGCACCUGCAGUAAACAUUUCCAGCACGUGGUAGUGGUGUCACCUCUCCUCUCUCGGCAGCAAAUCAAGAUCUGGAGAGCUUUUUAGGCGUCAAGUCAGUGAGUCACAGUAGUCAGUCUGUGGAGUGCUGAUGAUGAAUGGCAGUACUGACUUACCGAUCUGGACCUGGGCCCUAACCUGAGAACACAGAAUGACAGCGAAGAGCGAAAUGAAGAGAGUGAGAGAGAGUGAGAGAGAGAUAGAGAGAGGGGGAGAGAGAGGGAGAGAGAGAGAGAGAGCGCUAGGGAGGGAAGAUUAAGAAAGAGAGAGAGAGAGAGACCGCGCUUAGUGCUUACUUUUUAGUAGCUGAUAACCACCUGACAGUUUGCAGAUGCCGACAGAUGUGCCCGAAGACAGCGAGGAGAAUGCGGCCACGUGCGACAGUAUGACUCUGCCCAGCACUCCAACCGUUCGCAGAGGAAGCACUCCUCUGCCAAUUAAGCACCAGCUCAGGCGAGAAGAAGCCGUCCACGACGAAUGCGACUGGACGUCAGGUGCGGCCGGGCCUUCGGUGUCCCCAAACAGUUUCAGCCCUGCCUUGGAUGAUACUCCAACCGUGACUGUGGAGGGCAGACCUGACGGGCCACUAAGGAUUGCUCUCCUGGGGCAGAAUGGCGUCGGGAAGUCCUCUCUGGCCCUGGCCCUCGCGGGAGACAUGGACAGGACUGCGUCUGUGGAUUCUGAUGGGGAGGGUUAUGUGCACACAGUUACCGUGGAUGAUGAGGAGAGCACCAUCAUUAUCUAUGACAACUGGAGACAGGACCUGUCGGCUCUGCAGAGUGAGGUGUGCGUCUUGGUGUUUUCGGUGACCGACAGGCGCAGCUUCCACCGUACCGCGCAACUUCGGCUUCUCCUGAGAGAGACACAGCCCCAGACUCCAAUAAUCCUCGUUGGUAAUAAGAGUGACCUCGUUCGCACGCGUGAGGUCACCUCUCAAGAGGCCAUGUCUAGCGCUGCCCUUUUCAACUGUCUGUAUGUGGAGAUCUCCGCCUCUCUGGAUCACCGUACCGCGGAGCUCCUGGAGUGUGCGGUGCGACUAGCCAGGGGCCAGUCUCCCUGGCCUCCGGGGACAAGCGCCGAGGACAUGAGCGGAGGAGGGCAACGUGAAAGCAUCACAUCUCGUGCCAAACGUUUCCUGUCCAAUCUGGUGCCUCGGUACCCUCGAGAGCGAGAGGUGGGGAAGUUCCUGAGGCAGAAGUCCCGCUCCUGCCACGAUCUGGGAGCGCUGUGAUGGUGCCCCACGGGGAGCAAGUGGUUAGAUUGUUGACAGGGAUAGCUGGAAGGGAUGUAUUAUACCAACAAAGAGAAGAAGAUGUAGUGAUGCAAAUGAGUAGACAAGACAGGAGGAGUUGAGUGACUAAGAAAAUGUGAAGGAAACAGUGAUAACAGGACAAUGUUGUGAGGCUCACUCAUCAGAGGAUGAUUGUUGAUAGGAUGAUAUAGAAACUCUGUAGACAGAAAAGGAGGUGAUAAAAAUACCGUUGUAGAAACAUGUAAAUAAACUGUAGUAGUGACAUUUAACUGCAACCUUCACAGCUUUGAGAACUAAAUAAAUUGCUUUUUUGAGUCUUGA